AACGUCAACGCCAACUAUUAACAGAGUUAAAGCAAAAGCAUACUCCCCAAAGCCGGUAGAUUGUUGGAACAUCCCAAAGGAUUUUCCCAUACUCACACACAGAGAGUUUUGUGGCAACCACAACAUGUUGGCCAGUUGGUGUGUUUCAAACUUGUAUUAGCUGUAAAACGAAUGCUCUGCUAGAAAACCCGCUCUUCAUCUCUAACAUUACGACUCUCUCAUCGCUCAUCUCUCUGCUCUGUGCAGUGCUUUUAAGGAAAAGAGACUAUAUUUUGUUUUUAUUGUUGUUUGUUGUUUUACGUAGUGUUUUUCAUGCCAUUUUAACUGCGGAAGCGGAAGUUCUGUUGAGAGUCAUUCUGGCAAAGUGUUGAUGAGAGUUUUAGCCCACAGAAGCAGAAGAAGAAAAAGAGGAAGCAACAACAGCAGAAGGUCGUGACAUACAAACAUAUUGAAAAACAACAACAACUUUGACUACAGCAGUCAGCAGUGUAGAACAGCUGUUUUUAGUCUACAACGUGGUUUCAUUGUAUAAUCUUGCCCACCUUUUACAAGAGCAGAGGGUUGUAAUUUGCUCUCUCUACCUCUCACUCUCACUCUCUCAGAGAACCACAACAACAAUAAUUAUCUUAGAAACCAAACAAAACAAAACAAACUCUUCGUUGUCGCAUGAUUCCGGUUAUUUGUUGGCAUUUACGACAUCGAGUACGAGUGUUUUUGUCGGUGUUUUUUCCUCUUCGUGUAAACGACUGAAAAGCCGGCUCGUGAUUUCCUGGCAUCGUUGCUCUAUUCACUUGUCGUACGUGUGUGCUAACGUUUGUGUAUGUUUUCUUGCUGUGUGAGUGUAUUGUGAGUGAGUGCUCUUGUGUUGUGCUGGUGUUUGUGUCUGGAGGCAAUGUACAACUUCUCCAUUGACACCUUGAAUAAAAACAAACCAAAUUAAAUAAACGCACUCACACAAACGCAUAAACGGCAACUUUUACGGAGAGUGAGUGCAAAACAAGGAAAAAAAAAACGAACCCCCACCGAAUGCGAACAAGCAGGCAAGCGAAUCAACUAAAUUGACUUUGGCUUUUGAAUCUCCCACAACAACAGCACCGGCACCGGCAGCAGCAGCAACAGUAAAACGAAAACGGGUGACAAAUACAAACAGAAAAUCACCGAAUACUGGCAACAGCGGCAAAAAGCAAAACGUGUGCAAAUUGUAUUUUUAUUCAAAACAAUGCCUUCACUGCAACAGUUCAAUUCGAAUGAAUCAACCUCAAAUGUUACAUUGAACACAGGCACCAUGAGAUCUCCUAUUUCUGCCGCCCUAGCCACAGAAACAACAGCCCUGACAGCCGCUGCGGCAGCGGCCACCGUGGGCACCGAAUUGCUUCAACAGCAUUCAAUUAAUUCCAUAAUUGAGCAGCGCCGUCAGGACUUUCUGACACGGCACUCAACAAGUGAUGCCGCCAACACAACUUUAACCAAUUCCACAAAUUCUACAACGGAUACACUAACCUCGACAUUAAAUGAUCCCAUUGCAUUGACGGCUGAAUUUCUUGGCUUGGGCAGUCGUUCGAAUGCCACAACAACAACUAUGACCAAUAACAUAUUAAAUUUGGGCAGCGUAGGCAGCAACUCAGUUGAUGUCAAAGGUUGUGGUAUCGUUGGUGGAGGCGGUAACAUCGUUGGUGGUGUUGGUGUUGUCAGCAAUUUAGCCAUUGGUAAUGGACAUGGUGCUGGAAUCAUCACAUCAUCCAAUGCUGUCAAUGGUGGCCUAUCCAACAACAUUGAUGUCUUGAAUUGCAGCAAUAAUAACAACAACAACAGCAACAGUGGCAGCAACAACAGCAAUGCAAAUGCCUUGGCCGCCGCCUAUAUGCCUCUAACGCCGAGUUCAACGCAAUCUUCCAUUUCGCCUGGCACUUCAACUGCAGGAAAUUCUUACGACAUGUUCCAGUUUGACAAUAUUGCACCAUCACAACAACACCAACAAAAUACACCACUCAAGGUGUUCCAAAGAAACAUCAGCUUCGAUUGUUCUGCACCUUUAUCGCCCAGUACGCCUACAUCUCUCUAUAAUAACUCUUUUCAAAGUUCACCUUUAGUCAGUGACAGCAGUAACUCCUCAUCGGCCAAUGGUUUAUCCUUGGAUUCCAUACCCAUGGUCUAUCAGAAUGGCUACAGCACCAAUGGGUUGACAUCGACACGUUCUACUUCACCUGAGAGCCAAAACAGCAAUCAAUCUAAUGAGAAUAAUUUGAUUGAUAUGAUGAAAUUCCUAAAUGUUGCUGCCAACAAUCAGCAAAAUCAGAUGCCACAAUUGCAGCAGAAAUUACAACAAGAACAAUUUCAAAUACAAAAUCUGCAGCAACACCACCACCAUCAGCAAUUGCAACAACAGCAACAGCAGCAGCAGCGUCAUAAACAAGAACAAUACACAUCGGAAUUUGAAAAUACCAAUAAUCGCACCUCACCACCGGCCACAAAUUUGUUCGAUGAACAAAACCUGGAAAAUUUCGAAGCUCUAUCGGCCUUCGAUAUGGAAUUGACCAAAUUGCAAGCCUUAAAUGCUGUAACUCUAUUGCAGGCACAACAGCAACAGGUGCCCUUGCUGCAGAAUCUGUUGCAAACCUACAAUACCAUCAAUCAAUUACAAAACUGGCAAUUGCAACAACACCAACAACAGCAGCAGCAAAUGGUAGCGCCAGUGCAUCCACCCCUUAGCAAUGGCAACAGUGUUGGCAAUGGCCUAAAUACCAAUGGCUCGGAUGCCUAUUUAGAUCGUGUGGCCAAAUUCUAUCGCGGCUCUGCGGCCUUUUGUGAGCCCACCUGUACAUGGAGUGGUCAGCUGCCACCGCGUUCCCAUCGCCUCUAUCAGUUUUCGCCCAAAGUCUUUUUGGGUGGCAUACCCUGGGACAUUAGUGAGCAGUCGCUGAUACAGAUAUUCAAGCCAUUUGGGCAAAUUAAAGUUGAAUGGCCUGGCAAAGAACAACAAGCAGCUCAACCCAAAGGCUAUGCUUACAUCAUUUUUGAAUCCGAUAAACAGGUGAAAGCUUUGCUCUCAGCUUGUGCUGUUCAAGCUGAUGACCCCCAAAAUGGUGGCGGAAUAUUCUUUUUCAAAAUCUCUUCAAGGCGUAUCAAAGCCAAAGAUGUUGAAGUUAUUCCCUGGCUAAUAGGUGACUCGAACUAUGUUAAGUCAACAUCUCAAAAAUUGGACCCCACCAAAACUGUUUUCGUGGGUGCCUUGCAUGGCAAACUAAAUGCCGAAGGUUUGGCUCAAAUCAUGGAUGAUCUAUUCGAUGGAGUUCUAUAUGCUGGCAUCGAUACGGACAAAUACAAAUAUCCCAUAGGCUCUGGCCGUGUCACCUUUAACAACAACCGUUCAUAUAUGAAGGCUGUCUCGGCGGCUUUCAUUGAGAUUCGUACACCAAAGUUUACCAAAAAAGUGCAAAUCGAUCCAUAUCUUGAAGAUUCGCUAUGUUCAAUAUGUGGAGUACAACACGGACCAUAUUAUUGUCGGGAGUUAUCUUGUUUUAGAUACUUCUGUCGCACUUGCUGGCAAUGGCAACAUUCAACAGAUGCCGUUAAAUAUCACAAACCAUUGACUAGAAAUUCCAAGUCUCAAACUUUGGUGGGCAUUGGCCCGGCCUCGUCGACCACAUCGUUGUCAUCAUUAAAUUCUCAACCCAAUUUGAGCUACGGUCAAACUUCGCAACAUCAAUUGCAGUCGCUCUUGGGCCAACCUCAGACGCAGGAUGCGGCAACAAUGCAACAGCAACAACAACAACACCAACAGCUUCAUCACCAUUCCCAACAACACCAACAUAAUCAUCAACAACCAGCUGCCUUACAACUACAGCAACCAACGGCACCGCCGCCACCACCACCUCCACCGCAACAUCAGCAACAAAUUCAAGCCAUGCAAAAUGCUUUUCAUUUGUAAAUGCAAAUGGAUAGAUAGAUGGAUGAAUGAAUGGAGACACAGACUUGGCGAAGGUCCCGAUCCCCUGGCGGUGUUGAAAUGAUGAAAUGUGGCAUUAUUGCUGUUGUUGUUGUUGUUGCUGCUGUAUUGGUGGUCAGUCAACAAACACAAUGAGCGCCCAUGAAUUCAUUUCGGUGUUGUAUUUUUUCUUCUUCAUUUUUCAUGCGUUGAGUAGAUUUUGUUGUUGUUCUUGCACUCAACUUUGUUGUGUGUGUCUGUAAUGAAAAUCAAAAAAAAAAUAGUCAUUGCAAAUUCUGGUGCAUCUUAGCAAGAGAAUUGUUUUAGGUUCGCUCUUUUUGUUGUUUGUGUGUAAUUUAGAUUUUGUUCAAAGUAAACGAAAACACACACACCCUCAUCAUCAUCAUCAUCAUCAACACAAACAUUAUUGUAUUUAUAAAACAUAUCAGCAUCAUUUUUUCCCAGAGAGGGAGAGAUAGAGAGAGAUGAAGACUUUUUGUUGUUUUUUAAGCAAAUACCUGCCCCCUUAAAGUGGAUGGCGGUUUUUAAAUGCAGGAAUUAUUUAAAAUCUUAUGAGGUAUAAGAAAAUGAAUGCUUGAGUGGUUAUUACAGUGUGAAAAUACCAAAUCCAUCGAAAUCUUAAUUUGUCUAGUGAAUGUAUAUUUUGUUACUGUUCCAUCAAUUCUUUGCUAUUAUUUAGAAAUUCUUGGGAUAAUUUCUAUUUUGAAUUAGCUUAAAAAUAACAUUUAGAAUUUUUGAAUUAGUAUUUCUUUUGAGGCUUCAAGGCAUACACCAUGGGAAAAUUGCAUUUUUUUAAAAAGUUUGCAAAAAAUUGUUAACUUUUCCCUAAUCGUCAUUGAUGUCUCUUUGAUCUCAACUGUCUGUUGGGACAUGUUUAUUGUGAUUAUUUUUUUCUCAACUGGCUUUGAGAUUUGAUUAUUUUUUUAAAUAGUUUUUGCCUCCUUAGAAUAUAAGAUAUUUAAUUUUGUUUACAAAUCACAUUGUAUAUGGUUAGGUUUUUCUUUUGCAUUAUUUGUCAUUUAUUUAUUUUGUUUGUAUUUAUUUUUUUUUUUUUUUUUCGAUUAUUUUCCAUAUUUAUUUUGAGAGUUGCAAAAUUUUAUUUCUAAGUUCACAUUGUGUGUAUGAAACUGAAGAAAGAGAGAGUGAGUGAGAGAAGUUAAUUGUUUAAUUUAUCUGAUAUUAUAUUAAUAUUUGCCAAAGCGUUUGUAAUUUUUUUGUACUAUUAUUGUGGAAAAAUUUUAUUUUUGUUCAUUAUUUUCUAAAUAUACACCUUUUUGUUUAUCUUUGA